ACUGGCCUUACGGGAACGGCGGGAUGAAGGCCCCUGGCGAUGAUGGCUAUUAGAGGCCGGCGCUAUGAGGAUUCAGUGGAAGAGGGUGGUGCGCUCGCUGCUAUUUAUUUAUUGCCUCUUUUCUAUUUACGCAGCUUACAUCGUCUUUUUUCAAGGGCGGCGGGGAUCUGGGGACCGCCGGGUGACCGCCCCCAGAGUGCGGAGUAAAGAGAGUGUUCGUCCAUUUCAGAAUGUUGAAGAGCAAAAUGAUUUUCAACAGCCAGAACGAGACGAUGAGUGGAAUCCAUGGGAAGAGGAUGAAAAGUUAGAGAAUGCUUUACAGCAUAUAGUUCAGCUACAGGGAUUUCAGAAACAAAUUUUACAAAACCGAUCCAGACAGAAGAAGGUACAGAUCUGGGGCAAAGCUGCAAUUGGGCUUUAUCUCUGGCAACAUAUUCUUGGUGGCCAGCUUACACCAAACGAUGUGACAGCUCAGUGGAGAGAAGGGCAACUGAAGGCUGGAAAUUUACAUCUUAGUUUCUGCACUGGCCCUACAGCAGUUCCUGGAAACAUCCCACUAGAUACCGAGAAUGUGGUGCUUGUGCUAAAUGGCAGGGAAGGAGGGAAGAUCAAGUUUGCCACCCAGUGGCUGCACUAUGUGCAGACACUCCUCCGGACAAACAAACUUCAACAUGUAGCUGUCGUUCUCCUUGGCAAUGAGAAGUGUGAAAAUGACUGGAUUGAACCCUACCUCAAAAAACACGGAGGAUUUAUCGAUUUGAUUUUUCUUGUGUAUGACAGCCCUUGGGUAAAUGAGGAGGAUGUUUAUCAGUGGCCACUAGGCGUGGCAACCUACAGGAACUUCCCCAUUGUGGAUCUCAACAACCUAAUGUUGCAUUCGUCAAGGCCAUACUUGUGCAAUUUCCUCGGAACUGUCUACAAAGGCUCCUCCAGGGAAAUCUUGUUGAAUGUAUUGAAACGGGAAAGACUCAAUACAAUGUGUCUUAUCUCAGUUAGAGAACAGUGGUUACCUCAAGAAACAAGUGAAAGCUUAAAGAAGUAUCAGGAUGCUUUGCUGCAAAGUGACCUCACGCUGUGCCCUGUGGGAAUAAAUACUGAAUGCUACAGAAUCUAUGAAGCCUGCUCUUACGGUUCUGUUCCGGUUGUCGAAGAUGUCAUGACCCCAGGACAAUGUAGCAACUCAUCAGUGUUCCAGAAUGCCCCAUUGCGACUCCUGAAGUUAAUGGGAGCACCAUUCAUUUUCGUAAAAGACUGGAAAGAGUUGCCAGCUAUUUUAGAAAAAGAGAAAGCCAUGAGUUUGCAGGAAAAAAAUCAGAGACGGAGAAUUGUCAUCGAGUGGUUUAAGCAAUUCAGAAUGCAACUGAGACAAAAGUUUGUUGAUAUCCUUGAAAGACAUUUUUUUUAAACACUUCGAUCUCCUUCCCGAGAUGGUUUCUAACACCUGUUUACUAUUGUAAACUACAUUUACUUUCGCUGAGUAUGCCAAUACAUUUGGCAUAAAGGUAUUACAUAAAGGAACUGUCUGUUCCAUUUUGAUGUAGGUUUUGUUCUCAGUGAGGAACAUUUGAUGUUAUUUUCCACUUGAAAAAGAUAACUCGGAACAUCUGACUCCAAUUCUGAAAUCUAUAUCCAUAGGAAAGCUGGAUUUUGACUUUAAAAUGUUGUGCUUGAUGGUUGAGCCCUGUGCUUUUCUGAAGAAUGAAUAAUUUGAUUAUUUCCAGUUUAAUCAGAGAAAUGAGUCCUGACCGUGACAAGCCGAAAUUCUCAAUACUUUACUGCCCUGUCACUGCUUUGAUCUUGCCCACUAUCAUUUAGGCUAGGCUUUACCCCUCAAAGCACAACUAGCAUUAUGAAUUUAAAUGAGGGACAAUGCACCAUGUUAAAUUAUCAAAGAAGAAUUGGUAUUUGAUUGUAUUUUAAAGGCACUGCUUUGAAAGUGCUGAGUUCUUGUGUGAGAGAAAGCUGCCUGGCUACUUCAAGACAAUUCAUGCAUCAGAAUUUGCAGUGUUUUAUAAUAAUUCUGUUUCAGCAUCCUUACAAUGCCCAGGUCAAAAUGGGAGCCAUCCUGGGCAUUCAUAAGUGAUGGGAGGAGCAACAGUUGGGUGAGAUAUUCACUAGGUCUUCUUGGGAAACCACCUUUGAGGAGUGCUGCAGGAGUGUGUUCUUCCACAGUUAAAAAAAAGUUAUCUGAUUGUUACUGUUUUGUAGGAGCUUACGAAUUAGCUGCUUAUAUUACACUAGUUACUUUCUCAGUUAAUACAUCACUAGUGAAAUGCUUUUUGAUGUCUUGAGGUUGUGAAAGAGUGUUUCAGAAGUGGAGAGCCUAUCUGUCUGUCUUACCCAGCCCUCUGGACCUAUAGCUCUGCUUUUACUUGAGUAGUCAUGUAGCAAUUCUCCAUUGAAAUGGCCGCAAAAGCACAGUCUACUCUUCUAGAUGGUCCAGCAUUUCCAAUGACGGUCAAAGUGACUACAGCACAUAAUCAUUUGAUGUCAGCUUGCAACAGGGAACUGCUGGACCUUGUACUGGGGAGCAAGGUUGGUCAAGCAUUUGCAAGGGACUAUGAUCAUCAUAUCUGAGAAUUGAGUUGGCUGUAAUCAAGGAGUAGGAACAAUCUAGUUUAAAAGUCAAUAAUUUGUGAGGCCCCACUCCAGUAGAGUGAGAACAGACAUGCUGUAGUUAAUUGGAAUCAAAGAUUGGAGGUUAAAACUAACCAAAAAAAAAGUGCUCUCAAAGUCGAGGUAUUUUGGGCACACGAGGUUAAGUUGCCGUGAUGACAAACUAAUCCUGAACUCCAUGGACAAUGAAAGUAACAUAGAAAAUAGGUGUGGGAGUAGGUCAUUCAGUAUGAUCAUGACUGAUCAUCCAACUCAAUCCUCUGUUCCUGCUUUCUCCCCUUUCUUACCCUUUGAUUCCUUUAGCCCUCAGGACUUCAUAAAACACAUUGACAAAAUUCAUUGUUUUGGACUUAGCCUCUUUCUGUGACAGAGAAUUACCCAGGCUCGCCAGUCUCUGGGUGAAGACAUUUUUGCCCAGCUCAGUCCUAAAUGAUCCUUGGGUAGUGAUCCAUGGUUAUCGGAUACCUCCUGCAUUUACCCUGUUUAGUCCUGUUAGAAUUUUAUAGGUUUUCUUCGGAACUCCAGUGAAUAAAGUCCUGACUUCAUACGUUGUCUUGCCAUCUCAGGAAUCAAUUUGAUAAACCCUCAUUGCACUCCCUCCAUAGCCAGAAUGUCCAUACUCAGAUAAAGAAACCAAAACUGGAUACAAUACUGCAGGUGUGGUGUCACUGAGGCCCUGUACAAUUACAGCAAAAUGUCCCUGCUCCUGUACUUAAAUCCUUUUGCUAUGAAGGUGAACAUACCAUUUGCUUUCUUCAUCACCUGCAGUACCUGCAUGCUUGUUUAUCAACAUAGCAUACAAUAAAGCAGGAAGGGUACAAAUGGCAGGUAUGAGGGAGAACAAGGCUGACUAUAGAAAGUUCAAUGGGAAAUAUGAAAAAAUAAUUGAGAAGCAAAGUGUAAGAGACUUGUAGCUAAUAUUAAACUGAAUACAGAACUCUUCUACAGGCAUAUUAAUAGCAGCAGGGUAAUAAAAGGAGGGUGACUGAUUAGAAACUGUUAUGACCAACUUGGGGAAGUGUGUUGAGUUUUGAGAACCACUAAUCAAGGGGUUGUGUUUUCAUCGAAGUGUGCAAAGUCCCCAAUGUACCUGUCUAAUGGAAUCGCAUUAGCAGAAAAUACUGACCAGGUUCCUGUUCUUAACAAAAACUACUAUUUAUUACAGAAAGAAUUGUUCACCUAUGACUAGAAAUAAUCUCUGAACUAUCAGUAUAGAGUUCUAUUGGUUGAAACCCUAAUAUUUUAAAACCCUGUUACGCGCACACACAAACAAAAGCAAAAUGGUGUAUUGAGUGGAACACAAAAUGCUGGGGAAAUGUUCUCAGGCAGCAGUCCAUAGGAUUCAGUGAAAUGUUCCUAACACCACCUGCUCUUCGAUCUCUUCUGAGUUGUUUAAAUUCACAGGGGGCACAGUGUUUGGAUGCCCUAAUUACAAAGUUUCUUAUUUACUGGUUAAAGGCAACAGCUUACAGCAACUGGUCAGAGAAAAUAACUGGGGGAGGGGAAGGGAAUUCUGAAAUAAAUAGGGAGGCGGAUAGAAGAUGGAUAAAGGAGAAGAUAGGGUGAGAGGACACAGACAGGUUAAAGAGGCGGGAUUAGAGCCAGUGAAGGUAACUGUAGGUGGGGAGUUAGGGAGGGGAUAGAUCAGUCCAGGGAGGACGGACAGGUCAAGGAGAUGGAACGAGGUUAGUGGGUAGGAGAUGGGGGUGGGUCUUGAGGUGGGAGGAAUUGUUAGUGAGGCUGGGACUAGCUGGGCUGAUUUUGGCAUGUGGUCGGGGAAGGGGAGAUUUUGAAGCUUGUGAAGUCCACAUUGAUACCCUUGGGCUGCAGGGUUCCCAAGUGAAAUAUGAGAUGCUGUUCCUGCAUCUUAUGGAUGGUGCCAUUGUGGCAAUGCAGGAGGCCCAGGAUGGGCAUGUUGUAUGUGUGUUUUGGGGGAAGGGGAUGUUUGAAAUGGUUCACAACUGGAAGGUGUAGUUUUUUGCGAACUGAGUGUAGGCGUUCCGCAAAGCGGUUCCCAAGCCUCUGCUUGGUUUCCCCGAUGGAAAGGAGGCCACAAUGGGAACAGCAGACACAGUAUAUCACAUUAACAGAUGUGCAGGUGAACAUCUGUUUGAUGUGGAAAGUCUUCUGAGGGCCUGGGAUGGGGGUGAGGUAUAGGGGCAGGAGUAGCACUUGCUUCAGAUGCAGGGAAAAGUGCUGGGGGUGGUGGGGCUGGAGGGAAGUGUGGAAUGGACAAGGGAGUCAGGAGAGAGUGGACCCUCUGGAAAGCACAUAACUGUGGGGAGGGGAAAAUGUCUUUGGUAGCGGGGUCGGAUUGCAGAUGUCGGGGGAUGAUGCGUUGGAUUUGGAUGUUGGUGGGGUGGUACGUGAGGAAGAUGGGGUUUCUGUUUUGGUUAUUAUUGCGGAUACGGGGUAUGAGGGAUGAUUUGCAGGAGACACGGUCAAGGGCAUUUUUGAUCACUGGUGGAGGGAAGUUGCAGCUCUUGAAAAAAGAGGACAGCUGAAAUGUUCGGGAGUGGAAUGCCUCAUCUCAGGAGCAGAUGCAGUGGAGGUAAAGGAGUUGGGAAUAGGGAAUGGCUUUUUUACGGGAAGGUGGGUGAGAGGAUGAAUAUUCUAGGUAGUUGUGGGAGUCAGUAGGCUUAAAAUUGAUAUCAGUUUCCAGUUGGAUUCCAGAGAUGGAGACAGAGAGGCCCAGGAAGGAGGGAGAGGUGUCAGAGAUUGUCCAGAUAAGCUUAAGGUUGGGGUGGCAAGUGUUAGUGAAGUAGAUGAACUGUUCGAGCUCCUCGUGGGAACACAAGGUGGCGCCAAAACAGUCAUCAAUGUAGUGGAGGAAGUGAUGGGGCAUAGGGCCGUUGUAGCUUUGGAAGAGGGAUUGCUCCACGUACCCUAGAAAGAGGCAGACAUGGCUUGGGCCCGUGUGGGUUCCCAUGGCCACCCCCUUUGUCUGUAGGAAGUGGGAGGAAUUAAAAGGAGAAGUUGUUGAGGGUGAGGACAAGUUCAGAUAAGCAGAUGAUACAAGGGGCAUCCUUUUUUGCGUACUGCUUCUGUGAUCCUAUAACAACAGCCACAUAAUUCAUUCUGAUGUCUACAAGUAGGAACAAGAAUUUGUUUCCAUUGUGUUCCCUGUGGGUGCCAGGACUCAGUGGGAAAGGACUCUUCUGCUGUAGCAGUCUCCGCACAUGCACAACCUGUCAUAAAUUACAUGCAUAUGUCAGCAUUAAGGCACUUCAGUUAGCAGGCAGACUUUGUCAGUAGGGAAGGCUGCUGUUCCAUUUUAACUGCAGGUUGUGAGUGACACUGCCACUGAAUUGUGCAGGUCCAUGUUCAAAUUCCUGGCAACAAUUGUGCAACAUUUAAACUGUACAAGUUCACUAACCACCACUUCUCAAUCUCUUUAAACCAGCAUAGCACUUGCAGCCUACCAUGGGACAAGGCUACCCUUUGUGCGCAGGGCAGUUAAGAUCUCUACCAUUGCUUGUAGAAUGGUGAUUAGCUCAUGGGAUAGCUAGAACCAGCAUGAUACACAUAUUUGGGGUCCUUUGGUGCCUGGUCCUGGUCAGGUCUGGGAGUUCAUUCCAGUUGAGCCCGUAGAGAGGUUUAGACAUCAUGGAUGUACGCUGCAUUCUGUGAGGAUAUUGAGCAAAAAUAAACUAGCAAUACCUACUAGUGAUUGAUAAACUGAUCAGUUGAUCAUCUUGUCUUUACCUAUCCCCAUUGAUGCAUGAACAAAUUUCAGUAACACUUUGUACCAGCUGUUCUAUCUGCUAUGGUAACAAGCUGCAAAGGUAUAUCACAGAUAACAAAGUGUGGAGCUGGAUGAACACAGCAGGCCAAGCAGCAUCUUAGGAGCACAAAAGCUGACGUUUCAGGCCUAAUUCUCCCAUGGCUGAGGCAAGAGCUAUAACAUUAAAUGUUAUACAUGUGUUAUCCCAUAGUAAUUUGCUCAAGUCACUUAGCAUUCCAACAGGAUGGUCUUCAAGUGACUGUGAUGUGGAUGCUGGAAGACUGUUCGAACAAAGGUUUUUGAAAUGCUCAUAGCCAGCAACCUCUUAUAAACUUGGCUCCACAAGAGUGGCAGUUCACCUUUAACAGCAGCCCUCUGACAUAGCUACCUGUCUCAUGGAGGGAAAGGAUUCACAGAUGUUGCUAUGAUGAGAGUCAGCAACUACCUACCAGCUGGAGUCAUACAGAACUCUAAGAGAUUUGUGAUUUCUGGAGGCUACUUAUCCCAUCUCCAGAACAUGGGUAUAGGAGUUCCUCAGGGUAGAUAUUUUCUAAUAAACCUCUUCAGAGGCUACUCCCCUCUGGAGCAGAUGUGACUGGAUCCUCCUGACUCAGAUGUAAAAACGCUACCACAGCACACGAGACCCCAGUUACUUAGGAUAGUGUCCUGUGCCCAACCAUCUUCAGCUAUUUAGUCAAAGAUCUUCCCUCCAGGAGAAGGGGUUGUCACUGAAGUUGGCACGGCGUUUAAGACAGAAAGUAGUUCUUGCCAGCAUAUCACAUACCAAUAAAGCAGCACUGGAAAAGAAAUAUUGUCAUCACACAACUGGCAGGCACUACUAUUGUUGAAUCCUGUGUGAACAAUAUGUGAGGUGCGGGGGAUGAUGGCCAUUAUUGACCAGAAAUUUAUCUGGACCAAUUGCAUAAAUGCUGUGGCUACAAGAGCAAGUGAACCUGGGCAUUCUGUGCCAAGUAUUUCAAAUGACUGCCCAAGGCUUUGCAACUGCCCACAACAUAUGAACUUAGUACAAAUGCAAUGCUGUGCAAUUGUGUAGACCAGUGCAGCUACAAUAAUACCGAGGAAGUUCAAAACAAUUUGGGACAAAGUUGCCCACUUGGUUACCACCUAAUCCACUAUUUAAACAUUCAUGCCCUCCAUCUACAAGAUGCACUGCAGUAAAAUGCCUAAGCUGCUUUAAAAAGACCACCAAAUCUUAGCUUUCAUAUGAUGGAGGUUUAAGGGCAGCAGCUGCAUGGGUAGGCCACAACUUGCAUUUCUUCAAGUCCCAUACCAUUCAGACUUGGAAAUAUAUUUCCUAAUUGUUAUCAAGUUAAUAUCCUAGAACACCCCACUUAACAAAAAUGCAGGGAUUCAUGAGCAUGGCUCACCAUCAACUUCUUGAGGGGAGUGAAGAUGACAAUUGUCAGCUUUGCCAGCAAUCCUCAUAUCCUCUAAAUGAAUAAUGAAAGGAAAUUGGAUAGUUAGCAAGAAAACCACAACUGAAAAAUUAGCCUCAUCCCACAACAGAUACCAUAUCAUAUUUUAGAAGGAGAUUUGCUUGUACCAAAUUGGAACUUAGACAUUCUGGAACUAAUCUGUCAGCUACUGAACUCCACUGUUAAUACAGGAACUUGGGAAAUACAGGAUUAGUUCUCAUCAAUGAUAUCUCAAACUCUCUUUUGUGUGUUACCAUUAAUUCUACUCUCAAUACUUUUUAAGUCAGUGCCAUCUAGAUUGUAACAUUUCCCAAUGUUAAAAGAAAAGGUUCCAUUGUGCCAACACUGGCUCUUUUACCAAUCAUUUAAAUCUGUGUCCUUGGUUAUGAACAUUUCUGCCACUGGAAACUGCUCUCUAUUUCCUCAGUGAAAGCUAGUUCUAAUUUUAGAAUCAGAGAGUUGUACAGCAUGAAACAGACCCUUCAGUCCAAACUGUCCAUGCCAACCAGGUAUCCUAAUUUUGAGUAUCUCCUAUCAAAUAUUUUUACUUUGCUAUAAGGAUGCUGACUUCUCCAGUCUCUUAAUAUAAAUAUGUCCCUCAUCCAAGAGUCGAUUUUAAUAAAUUUCCUCUGCACCCUGUGCAAAGCCUUGACAAUCUUUGUUGAGUUUUGUGCCCAUAACUGAACACAAUACUCCAUCUGAGCUCUAAACAGUUUUAAUAAAGGUUUAACAUUAUUUCCUAGCUCUUGUGCCCUCUGCCUUUAUUACUGAAGCUAAAAAUCCAAUAUGUACCUUUUAAUAGCCUUGUCAGCGCAGGGUGUGCAGUCACCCACAUGUGAGUCUCUUCCUGACUUCCUUUAACUUUGUAUCAUUUUGUUUACAUUAUAUUAUAUCUCAUCUAUCUUUCUGUUGAAACAUACCACUUCCCUCUUCUCUGCCUUAUAUGUCAUCUGCCAUCUGCCUGUCCAUUUUGCUGCUUAGUGUGUGCUUCCUACAUUUCAUUACCUUUCUCGUUGUUAAGUGCAUUCCUUGUUUUGAGUCAUCUGUCAGCUUCAAAAUUAAACCCACUGAACCUGUCUCUAGGUUUUUAAUAUAAUUAAUCGUAUGAUUUCAAAGUGCCAUUGCAUUUUAGACUGAAUUAUGGCUUAGUGCCUGACCCUCUUGAAUGAAUGCAGUUUGUGUGAUGCCAGUACAUAUGGACUGCUGUUAGGUAGAGAGUUUCAGGAUUUUAACGAAAGAAAAAUUCACUGGACUCAUUGAUGGUUCUGUUGCCUCUCCACAGGUGCUGCCAGACCUGCUGAGUUUCUCCAGCAAUUUCUGUUUUGUUCAGGAUUUUAUCUACAGCUUAAUGCCUGGUUCUUGCUUACUAAAGUGAAUGAACACAAUAUUUGUAUCAAUAUGUUAUAUCACAGAGUGGCACUGAAUGUGGGUUUUAUGAUCAGUGUUCCAUACAAGCUGUAGAUUGUUCCCUACAAAUGAGAAGGUAUUGAAUAUAUUCAAAAUGCACUGAAAACAACAAAUGCUGGAGAUCACAGUUGGGCAGACGGCAAGCUAACAUUUUGAGUCCAGAUGACUCUUUAUCAGAGCUGAAAUGAAGUUUGGAGGGGUCAGCAUUUAUGCAGUAGUUUAGGGGGUGGGUGUAGGGUGCUGGUGGAGAAAAUAUGGUGAUAAUUCAGAUUAAGCGAUCGUGGUGUGAGAAUGGCCAAAUAAUGGUGUCUCUUGCCAGAAUUGAAAGGACAGUAAAUGAGAUGGGGACGGGGGGACAUGAUAACAGGCUAAAAGAUAGGGAAGUAAUGUUUCACAAUUUAAAGGUGCUGUACUCAAUAUUAAAUUCAGAAGACUGUAAAGUGCCUAGAUUGAAGAUGAGAUAUUGUUCCUCCAGUUUGCACUGUGAUUCACUGGAGCACUGCAGCAUGCUGAGGUCAUACAAAUGGGCACACAAUCAGGAUGCUGUGUUAAAAUGACUGGCUAUGGGAAGGUUGAGGUCCUGCAUGCGCACAGACUGGAGAUGAGAAAACAGAGGGUGGUGGUUGAUGGUAAAUGUUCAUCCUGGAGUUAGUUACUAGUGGUAUACCACAAGGAUCUGUUUUGAGGCCACUGCUGUUUGUCAUUUUUAUAAAUAACCUCGAAGAGGGCGUAGAAGGAUGGGUUAGUAAAUUUGCAGAUGACACUAAAGUUGAUGGAGUUGUGGGUAGUGUGGAAGGAUGUUGUAGCUUACAGAGGGACAUAGAUAAGCUGUAGAGAGGGGCUGAGAGGUGGCAAAUGGAGCUUAAUGCAGAAAAGUGUGAGGUAAUUCACUUUGGAAGGAGUAACAGGAAUACAGAGUACUGGGCUAAUGAUAAGAUUCUUGGUAGUGUGGAUGAGCAGAGAGAUCUUGGUGUCCAUGUACAUAGAUCCCUGAAAGUUGCCACCCUGGUUGAUAGGGUUGUUAAGAAGGCGUACGGUGUAUUAGGUUUUAUUGGUAGAGGAAUUGAGUUUUGGAGCCAUGAGGUCAUGUUGCAGCUGUACAAAACUCUGGUGCGGCCGCACUUGGAGUAUUUUAUACAGUUCUGGUUGCCACAUUAUAGGAAGCAUGUGGAAGCAUUGGAAAGGGUGCAGAGGAGAUUUAUCAGGAUGUUGUCUGGUAUGGAGGGAAGGUCUUAUGAAGAAAGGCUGAGGGAUUUGAGGCUGUUUUCAUUAGAGAAAAGAUGGUUAAGAGGUGUGCUAAUAGAGACAUACAAGAUGAUCAAAGGAUUAGAUAGGAUAGACAGUGAAAGCCUUUUUCCUCGAAUAGUGAUGGCUAACACGAGGGGACAUAGGUUUAAAUUUAGGGUUGAUAGAUAUAGGUCUGAGGUAGUUUCUUUACUCAGAAAGUAGUAAGGGCGUGGAAUGCCCUGCCUGCAACAGUAGUAGACUCGCCAAGUUUAAGGGCAUUUAAAUGGUCAUUGGAUAAACAUGUGGAUAAUAAUGGAAUAGUGUAGGUUAGAUGGGCUUCAGUUUGGUUUCACAUGUCGGCGCAACAUCGAGGGCCGAAGGGCAUGUACUGCGCUGUAGUGUUCUAUGUUCUACGCUCUGCAAAAACAGUCACCAAGUCUGUAUUUGGUUUCUCCAGUGUAGAGUAGGCCACAUUCGGUGCAGCGAAUACAAAGCACAGGGUUGGAGGAGGCUGGUUCACCUGGCAAGACUAUGUAGGCCCUUUGAUGGGGAACAUGGAGGAGGUGAAGGGGCAGGAGUUUCUCCUGCGGUUACAUGGGAAGGCUGUGUAAGUGAAGGCUGUGGAGAGGUGAGGUGGUGUUGGUGGUUGUGGAAUGGACGAGGGUGUCCCAGAGGGAAUGAUCCCUGCGAAACGCAGACAGCGGGAGUGAGGGGAAAAUCUGUUUUGGGGCGGUGGUGGUGGUUUUCUGCUUGGGGUUGUCUGAAAUGGUGGAGAAUGAUCCGUUGAAUGAAGAGGCUGGUGGGAUUGAAAACUGAGGACAAGGGGAACCCAAUCACGCUGUUGUAAGUGAUGGGAAGGGACAAGGGUGGAAGCAUGGGUGAUGGGUCACAUGCAGUUGAGGGCCCUGUCAAUCACAAAGGGUAGGAAACCACAGUCAUGGAAGAAGCAAGCCAUGUCUGCAGCGCUGUGUUGGAGGCUAACAUCAUCCGAACAGAUACAAUGUAGGCAAAGGAACUGGGAGAAUUGGAUGGAGUCCUUGCCGGAUGUGGAGUGUGAAGAAUUGUAGUGAAUGUAGCAAUGGGAGUCAGUGGCUGUGUAGUGGAUGGCAGUGGACAGUUUAUUCCCCGAAAUGGAGACAGAGGUCAAGGAAAGGGAGGGAAGUGUUGGAAAUGGAUGAUGUGCAAGUUAAAAGGGAGGGGAGAAAUUGGAGGCAAAAUGAAUGAAGUUUUCAAGGUCCUGCUGGGUGCAUGAAGUGGCACUGAAGCAAUCGUCAAUGUUUCGAGGAAAGAGUUGUGGGAGGGGACCAUUGUGGGACCACAAACUAAAGCAUAAAUGCUGGUCCCUCCACACUUCAGUUCUGAUGAAGAGUCAUCUCGACCCAAAACAUUAGCUUGUUCUCUCUCCUUGGAUACUGUCUGACCCAAUGUGUUCUCCAGCAUUUUCAGUACAGAUUCCCAUAGCUGCCGUAAUUUGUUCCUAUUUCUAAAAUGCAGUUUAGAAUGAUUUUUUUUCUAAAAUAGGUCUUUAAAUGCACAUUGAUUUGACUACCAGAGGGUAGUAGCAAGGACUCCUCGUAUGGGCCUCAAUCGUACCGACUGGAUUAAUCUGAGAAGUUAGAACUGGAGAUAUUGCUGAAUUGUCCAGUUGUGUAAGUGAAGCAGACUUUUCAAAACCAGACUGCCUCUAGAUCUAAUACUAAUCUUCCCUUCUAGUGAGGAGCAGACUUGCUUAACUGUAAUUUCAUUAAAUAUUCAUAAAAUAGCUUGAAACCAUCUUAAUAUGUUGUAUGCUUUUCUUCUCAUUCUCUAAAAUUGUGCAAAAGAUGAACCAGCGGGAAAAAAUAUAGAGAAACAGAAGUAAAAAAUUCAGCUCUUCAUCUGUUCCACUGUUCAAUGAGAUCAUAGCUAAUUUGUAAACUAAUUCUGUUUACCUGCUUUGGCUUCAUAUGCCUUGACACUCUUGGCCAGAAAGAAUACCUACCAAUCUCAGAAUCAAAAUGAUUAUUCAUCUAUUGGAUGAAUUUGAGGAAAUAUUCCACAUUUUCAGCACAAUGUUUGUGCACGGUAUUUUGUAAAUACUAUCGCAGAGUGCCUUUGUAUUACUAAUCUUUUUUGAAUACCAUACAGCGGCUCCCAUUUUAAUGACAGUUUUAUCUUAAUUUUGCAUUAUGUAUAUUGUAAUAUCUUUGUAUUUUUCUGGGGUUUUUUGUGGACUGAAAUGGCAACUGUUGUAAGAACCAAGGAUUGUUGAGGGAUUAAUACAGUUUUCAAAGUAAUCUGAUACUCAUUGUAAUUGCUGUUUACUGCACUUAUUAGAUGAGCAGGACCCAGAGGAUUGCACAAAUGGAGAUUCUCCCCACCUCAUUCAGCUGAUUGAUGUAUGAACUAGUGACCAGUUAUCGAUGACAAAGUUCAUCUCCCUGACAACUGUGUGAUUGGUUCCUUUAUAGCUGAACUGCUUAGGGCACUGAGCAGGAAAGGGAGAAACCAUCAGAUCUUUGCCAGCUGCCAAGCUAUCUCUCUUCCAUGGAGUAGAAUCUACUUUAAACUUGAAGAAACCCAGCUUAUUUUUCCUUCAGCAGUUGCUUUAUGCUGUGACUUCAUCUUAAUAAGUUAGAGACUUUUAUAAGUGUGACCCAGUCACCCUAUGCCUUCUACAAUCAAGUGAAAACAACUUGAGAAGGAAGAUUGACAAAUACAAGAAUCAUCUCAGCAAACAAUGUAGACACGGUCCACUAAACUGCUUUCCCAAUCUUUCCCAAUGCCCAUAACACCCAUGACUUCUCCCCCAGUCUAUCUCUUUCUAUGUGUGUGCAUGUGUGUUUGUAAGGAGGUCAAAGUUUUAAUGAGUAGAGCAAUAUGCCAGCAGUUCAUAAUCAUUUACCUGUAGCUAAUGUUUAUUUAUUAUUAAGUAUGGAAACCUGAUCCAUGCUUUCUUCAUCCUGUGUCUGAAAGUAAUCUGAACUGGGAAAUUCUGUGUACUUUUAUAGACAAUAGGUGCAGGAGUAGGCCACUCGGCCCUUCGAGCCAGCACCACCAUUCAUUAUGAUCAUGGCUGAUCAUCCACAAACUCUUUUACUUUUGUGAUGAUUCCCCUUGAGGUGUGACAAUACCAAGUGACAGCCCCUUGAAGUUUAUUGUUAAAUUACUUUUUUCUCCAUAUAAUUGCAUUUCCAAUUCAACAUUAGGUAUGUCAGCAUUUUAAAAUGUUAUAUUCUUUUUGGUAGAUCUUGAUCUUUUUGAUAACUUACAGGACAGGGAAACACUUCCUUCGGCAGUUUCUUCAACUUCAAGUCAACCUGUGCUGGGCAAUGUUACAUCACUUUGAAUUUAGUUUGCUGAAGUAUUCCUUAGACAAUCUGAUGGCUUCACCUUAUUCACAAACCUUUUACCAUCAAAUAGGUUACAUCAAGAAACCUAAGAGAGGCUCUACUUCCCACAUUGUAGUUGAAAAAUGCCACUCAAGAGUAUGAUGAAACGAGGGAAUAGAAUCUGAUGGCCACAACGAAUGUAGAAAUGUUAGCAACAAUUAAGUUGUGAAGUAUGUAAUUGUAUGUAAUCCAGUGAUAGAUAGAUAAAUCCUGAUCAUUGAUGGAAAGUGAACAAAUGAAGUUAAUCAGUCAACCCACUGAAGAGUCAAACAGAAACACAAAGAACUGUGGGCGCUGAAAAGCUGAAACAAAAACAGUGUGUG